AAAUAUUUUUAAAGUUCACUCUCAAGAUCUAUGCCUCUUCUGUGACAGCUUUGGUUUGUAACAGCAAGUUCUGCUUCACUAGGUUAAAGGCCAUGGAUCAUCGGCUCAUUCUACUAAUGUUGCUGACAACCAUCCAGCCACGCUCUGCUACAGCAACAUCCUGUAAAAAGGAAAUCACAAUUCAAAGUUGCCCAAAGGCAUGGACAAUCAAAGACAACAACAUAAAUGGCAAAGACGUUUUGACAGUUUCAUGUGGUCCGUGUUUUAAAAAUUACUUCAAACUGGUAUUAAGAGCUUUGCCAAGGGAUUGUUCUUGGCCAAAUGCCGGUACCUACUCGUGCCUUGAAGUUGUGGUGAAAGGAAACACUUACAAAAUGUGCAAAAUAUGCUGCCAAAAACAUUCAUGCUCUGCUCCAAAUUUCUGCAGGGACUGUAAAGAGAGAAAAGAGUUAUUCUUUAAAACAACCGGCUUACCAGUUGAAAUAAAAAUUAAGGAUUCUACCUGUGAACUGUCUGAAACUGAAAGUACUUUUGAUGAAACAAGUUCAUCUCUGCAGUUGUUUAAUGAAACAAAAAGUUGGAUUGAAGCCUUGAAUUACUGCGAUCAACUGAGUUUCUCUCUGGUCGAAAUAACUAACCAGACAGUUUGGGACGAGCUAAAGAACAUCUUGGUAAACAAGACAGAAUUGCAGAAAGGGGUCUGGGUCGGCCUCGAGCGGUCCAUUUUUGGCACCAACAUAAAGUGGCAGUGGACAUCGGGAGCCAAAGCUGAACAGUCUGAGUGGAUCAGCAGUUUUCCGGCUAAUGGUCUCAACAAUCACUGUGGAAAGAUUGUCUGGAGUAAUCAGUCAAAAAACAUCCAGCUGCUUGAUGCCAACUGCCAUGAUGAAUUACCCUUCAUCUGCCAAGAUACGACUGUGAUGCCUGAAAACUAAAUUAAUCUUACUCUGGAGGAUUGUUUUGAAUCACUGCUGGUGUACUUCUCGCACGCCUUUCAAAUAAAAUUUGGUGUUUUGCCUUUCUUACAUAUUUUUCUUUUGUACAGCAUAAUACAUAGGUUCUUACAAUUUAUUACAAUUUGCUAUUUAACUAUCAGUUCUGUUGAAGAAUAGCUACCUUAAAAUAAAAGUUUCAUUCAUUGUCUUGGUUUAGAGAAUAUAUAUACUUUCAUAAUAUCUGCUGUUCAAAACAAUAAAUUGAACCCAAUUUUAUCUAACAUUGAA